UGGACACUAUAAACAAAGGGAUGAGACUUGGAAACUGACCACAUUCAUUUCUAUUUCCUACAAAAAAAUUUACUGUGUUUUGAGUUGGAACUGCCAUCUCGAACUUCCUUGUUGGCACUUGAAGAGAAAGCAUGGCCUUUACAACCCUCAGCCUGUCUUCUUCUCUAAAACUUGUUACCAACAAUAAUAGCUUCGACAACGGCUUCUUUGGUUCUCAAUUUGCCAAGUCUUUUUUAUCAUCAAAAUUGUUCCUUGGGAAUUCUUCUUUCUCAGUGGGAACUCUCGGUUUCACUAUCAAUCAUCAUAUCUCGUGUCGCCCCCACAUCAAUGGCUCACGAUGGUCCUCUACUGCCUUCAGAUGUUUUGCCCAGAAAUCAGAGCCCUCGGUUUCAAUUGAUGGCUACGGCAGUAACGGUGCUUCCGAAAGAGUGGUUGUGCUAGUUAUUGGCGGCGGAGGAAGAGAACAUGCACUUUGCUAUGCAUUGCAGCGGUCUCCUUCUUGUGAUGCUGUCUUCUGUGCACCAGGCAAUGCGGGGAUUUCCAGCUCAGGGAAUGCAACUUGUAUUCCUGACCUUGACAUUUCUGAUAGCUCAGCUGUGAUUUCUUUCUGCCACAAAUGGAGUGUGGGUUUGGUUGUUGUUGGACCAGAGGCUCCCCUUGUUUCAGGUCUUGCAAAUGAUUUGGUAAAGGCUGGAAUCCCUACUUUUGGUCCUUCAGCAGAGGCUGCUGCUUUGGAAGGUUCUAAGAACUUCAUGAAGAGUAUAUGUGACAAAUAUGGGAUUCCUACUGCUAAGUAUCAAACAUUUUCAGAUGCAGCAGCUGCAAAGCAAUAUAUUGAAGAGCAAGGAGCUCCUAUUGUUAUCAAAGCAGAUGGAUUGGCUGCUGGAAAAGGUGUUAUCGUUGCUAUGACUCUGGAAGAGGCAUAUGAAGCCGUUGAUUCGAUGCUUGUUGAGGGUGUUUUUGGAUCUGCAGGUUGCCAGGUCGUUGUUGAGGAAUUUCUUGAAGGAGAAGAAGCAUCAUUCUUCGCCUUGGUGGAUGGGGAGAAUGCCAUACCUCUGGAAUCUGCUCAAGACCAUAAACGGGUUGGAGAUGGUGACACAGGUCCUAAUACUGGUGGGAUGGGGGCAUACUCUCCAGCACCAGUCUUAACUAAAGAACUUCAAUCUUUGGUCAUGGAAUCCAUUAUUCUCCCAACAGUGAAAGGAAUGUCAGCAGAGGGAUGCAAAUUUGUUGGGGUUUUGUAUGCUGGACUAAUGAUCGAGAAGAAGUCUGGCUUACCCAAACUAAUUGAGUACAAUGUGCGCUUUGGAGAUCCGGAGUGUCAGGUUCUGAUGGUUCGUUUGGAGUCUGAUCUUGCAAAAGUUCUGCUAGCAGCUUGUAGAGGAGAGCUAAAGGGGGUCUCACUAAACUGGUCCCCUGGGUCUGCCAUGGUAGUAGUAAUGGCAAGCAAGGGUUACCCUGGCUCCUAUGAGAAAGGGUCUGUAAUUCAGAAUCUUGAAGAAGCAGAACAUGUUGCUCCUUCUGUCAAGAUAUUCCAUGCUGGGACUGCAGUUGAUUCGGAGGGAAAUUUCAUUGCUACAGGCGGCCGUGUUCUUGGGAUUACUGCUAAGGGCAGAGAUCUUGAAGAAGCACGGGAUGAAGCUUACCAAGCAGUUGAAGAAAUCAACUGGCCGGGAGGAUUCUACCGGCGGGAUAUUGGAUGGAGAGCACUUCCCCAGAAGCAAUUUGCCAGAAAUGCCUAGUUUUUUAACAUUAAAAUACCGUGGACUACUUGAGUAGGCAUCUUACAAUGUGAUGUUUUAUAACUGGCUCUUACACCAAGUGAAAAUUUAAAAUCACCUAUGAAAGAGUGAUAAAAGAAACUUACCAGUCGGCCAAAUAAUUGUCACCCGAAAGUGCUAUGUUUCUUGAAAAUCCUUUCAUCCGUUUCUGUGUGAUGAAGGAAAUAAAAAAUAAUAAUAAUAAAAGUAAAACCUUCUAUA